AUGACAUCCAAGUCCCUUCCCAAUUUUGGCCCCUGGGGUGACAACGGAAAUGGCAGCGGUAGCCAAACGGAGAAUGCAUCACGCAAUAGCGACGUCCUUUCGCCCAAGGAGAGCCUGGCGAACUUCAGCCCACCGGCAACCCCAACACCGGCAAUCUCAACACCACCAAGCACAACGGGAAGCUACGACGUUAAAGGAGACAACCGGGAGCUGGUACAACCAGAGCGCUCACAGAUUUUCCGCAAAUAUUUCAGCGCUGAAAGUAGCGAGGGCCAAGGAUGGGCAGUACUAUGUUUGAGGAUGACUCCGGACCCCGGGGCGCGGUGUUAUAAAAAGGCGCCGUGGGCAGCUCUUCUUGAGGUCAGAACCGCCGAUAUGCCCCGCUUAAUGCGCGAUGGCUUCUUCUGGUCAGCCGAGAAUAUCCUCCCCGAAGAAGGACACGUUUCCAGAGAGACCAGCCCGUUAUGGGCAGACUUCGGGUUCUACCAUAAACGUACCUGGGUUCUUGCCGAUAGGUCCAACGACGAGGUUCCUAGAUGGGUUGGAUGUCUUCACAUCUUGACCCCUUCCUUUGAGAUCCUCCCAAGCUUCCAGGUCCAACAGUUGAAACCGGAGAAUGCUGGUGGCCGUGGCCAAGAGAAGAAGCGAUGGACCGUGUGGGUGAGCGAUCUCCGCACCUCUGCGUCGGUGGCUCUCAGCCUUGCCCGUCUCCGGAAGCCUUUCCCGUACCCCCGGAACCUCAACAUCUUCAACAUCCUCAUCAACGGUCGACGAGUUGUGUCAUUUUGUAAUAUUGGGAGACCCUCUUACUCUCAAGGACCAGCUGCCUAUAACCCCUAA